AUGGCGGCAGCAGUGCUCGCGGGCAUAAUGCCACUUCACAUUAAAGCGGAACAAGAGGCAGCGAUUACGCAAGUCACCUUAUUAAGACAGCAGUCUUUUUACAGGAAGCAGCAUUAUAUCCCUGCACACUUAGAAGAGAAAAGAACAGUACGACUAGUUCAUCCCGCAGAAUAUGACAGAGGAGUGCAUGCGCAUAUCGACUACAUCGCCUGCAGAGAGGAUAACUCAAAAGUAUGCAUUUAUACAGAUGGCUCGAAGAUUGACAACCAGGUGGGGUGCAGCUUCAUCGCCAAGAGGCAAGGGGAUACCCUCGCAGCAUGGAAAGGGAAUCUGAAAGGUAACAACUCUGUUUUCCAGGCAGAAGCAGCAACCCUGAAACAUGCACUGUCUUAUGCAGCCACUAACAGCCAAAAUUCUUUUCGCAUUUACACCGACAGCCAAUCGGCCAUCUUUGCAAUAAGGAAUCCUCAUCAUCCCAGCCCACUUAUUGCAGAAAUCCAAGCACUCCUGAGAGCUAGAUCGUCGGCAUCUCCACUCCCCAUAUCCUGGAUUAAAGCUCAUUUUGGGCACCAGGGAAAUGAGGAGGCGGACUUACUCGCAAAGGAGGCCGUGCAGAACAUAGAUGCGCAGCAAAUAGAGGUGCUGCUUCCCAAAAGCAGCAUUAAAAGAACAACGUGGAAGGAUGCUCUAAUCCACUGGCAAGAGAACUGGGAUUCCAUUCCACAGGGCAGACGCACGUACGAUUUCUUCCACAGGGUCAGUACAGACAGGUUAAUUUCAGACUCGCAUAUAACGCGCUUCGUUACUGGACACGGGCCAUUUCCCAGUUACUUUUAUUAUAGGCGCCUAAGAACUACCAACGUCUGUGGAGAUGUGGCCAAGCCUGAUCAUUAUCUGACAUCAUGUCCACUUACACGAGACAUCCACCACGCUCUGCCAACUACAAAUACAGUUGCCGACGAAAGAUUCAUGGUCAAGCAACCUUUAAUACAGAGAAAAGUACGAUUAAUGAUGCAAAAACUCGAAGCGCUAGGCACUGAAUUCAGCAGUGCGGAACACGAUACCAUCCAGCCAUAG